AUGAAUAAUAUUCUUUCCUUCCUUUUUGUGUCACUUCUGAGUUUCUUCAUUUAUUUAUGUUAUUUGUAUUGCCUACAAAAUGAAUACCUAAAUGUCUACAGUGAAACCGUGCGUAUACUGCUUGGAGCAUUCAGUGCACCAUUUUUUAUUUGUUAUUAUUGGUCCUUUAUAAAAUGCUCCGUGAAUAAUCCUGGAUAUGUAGAUAACACAUGGGAAGCAAACGCAGAGGAGAACAACAUACAUAUAGAGAAGAGGAAAAUAAGAAACUACACACCAAAUAAAUAUACGAUUUGCGAAAAAUGCAACUUUUUGGUUAGACCAGAAAGGGCUCACCAUUGUAGGACCUGUAAGAGAUGUGUACUAAAGAUGGAUCAUCACUGUCCAUGGAUAGGUACCUGUGUGGGGGAAAAGAAUCUGAAAUUUUUUUUUCUCUUCUUGUCUUAUGGUUUGCUUACAACAAUAUAUAUUACUGUGACGAUUAGUCCGAAAUUUGUAAUGUCCCUUUAUGAAAGUGAAGUUAACAAGGCUUCUGAAACGUUAAACCAUUGCGCCCAACUAAUUACUGUAUGUGCUUCUCUAACAUUGCUAAUAGCCCUAGUAUUUAUGAAUUGUCAGUAUUUUUAUUUCAUAUCUCAUAACAUCACAGCAAUUGAGUCGUCUUACACAGAUAAGAACCCAUAUGACUUGGGCACGUACGACAACUGGAAAAUGGUGUUUGGAGAAUUCAAGUGGAAAUGGUUCCUUCCCCUUAACCCUGACAAUAUGUAUAUAACGAAUUACUUAUACCCUGUAAACGACAUAUACAUGAACAUCAAUAAUGUCGACAUGGAAGACACACUUUUAUCUAGUCACAAUGAAAAUUUGAAUGAAGAAAACGUCUGA